AUGUGGGCGGACUGGUUCGCCAAACAGGGCGCCAUGGAGCACGGUGCGUCGAAGUUCUACGACGGCUUCUACAAGAUGAAGGUCCAGUACUACAAGAAAGUGGCAUCGGUUGCGGCUGGGCCCACAGUCUUCUGCGAGGUGUGCGUGGCCCGGUCUGGCGCUGGGACUCCUCGGGCCCUGCAGGCGCCGUGCCUCGGGCUGCCCACGGCCGAGGGCCGCAACGAGCGGGCCUACCUGUCCAACCUGCGGUCGCGGCUCAAGAAGCCCAUGCUGGGCAGGCACCCAAGGACGGGGGACACUUUGUCUUGGAGCGCGUCGGCCAUCUGA